UUGGAGUACGGGAAUACAAUGCCUGCCAAGAACGUAAUCUCCAAAUGGUUGCGGGCGAAACAAGGAAAACAUAAACACUCACCAUGGCGCUAGUGAGCAAAUAGCCAUCGGAAAAAUAUGAACGCGACCGGGCCGGAUAUAGUGGUGGCAAGAGGCCAACUGGACAUAUCCUACCGAGGCCCUGAGUACACGGUGGAGCCCUCCGGGGCCUACAAUGCGGUCAUCGAGUUCAACGUCACGUUCGAUAACACCUCCAACUACAAUCUCACAGAUGACUCAGAAGAGCUUUGGAACGAAUACAUCAAACUCCUCCAAGAUCGCGCAUUACUCGUCACGUUCCUUCUUCUCUUCUCCCUGACCACAGUUUUCGGCAACAUGCUCGUGAUCUUAGCUGUGGUCAGAGAAAGGUACCUUCACACCUCCACCAACUACUUCGUGACGUCACUAGCAGUAGCAGACUGCCUCGUCGGGCUGGUUGUAAUGCCUUUCUCAGCUCUGUACGAGGUGCUGGAACACACGUGGUUCUUCGGCGUCGACUGGUGUGAUGUGUGGCGAUCGCUGGAUGUACUCUUCAGUACAGCAUCGAUCCUCAACCUGUGUGUGAUCUCGUUAGAUCGAUAUUGGGCUAUCACAGACCCUAUCACAUAUCCGAUGCGAAUGAGUGGAAGGAAAGCUGCUUUCCUUAUUGCAGCUGUGUGGGUUUGCUCCGGCGCCAUAUCCUUCCCCGCCAUCGCGUGGUGGCGAGCAGUGCGUGUAGAAGAAGUGCCAGAUUACAAGUGUCCGUUCACGGAAAACUUAGAGUACAUAAUAUUCUCAUCGACAAUAUCGUUUUAUUUGCCUUUGUUUGUGAUGGUGUUUACGUACUACCGCAUUUACCGCGCGGCGACGAUACAGACGCGGUCGUUGAAGAUAGGAACUAAACAAGUGAUGAAAUCGAGUGGUGAAUUAGAGUUGACGUUGCGUAUACAUAGGGGUGGGACAGUGAGGCAGAGAAGUGACGCGUGUCACGGAGUGUGCACGCCUGAGGAAGCUGAUCAGGAGCCCCUGACGGCUCUCCAGAACAAUGGACUGUCGCGGUCUUCCACGCGUCUCACGAAUGUGACGCACAAUAAACAUUUACCAAAAAACUUCUCGUUAUCGCGCAAGCUUGCGAAGUUCGCGAAAGAGAAGAAAGCGGCAAAGACGCUGGGUAUAGUGAUGGGUGUGUUCAUAGUGUGUUGGUUGCCGUUCUUCGUGGUGAACUUGCUGUCGGGCAUAUGCUCGGCAUGCAUCGCCCACGAGGAGAUCGUGAACGUUGUGGUCACGUGGCUGGGCUGGGUUAACUCUUCCAUGAACCCAGUCAUCUACGCGUGUUGGAGCAGAGAUUUUCGGAGGGCAUUUCUAAGAAUACUCUGCGUGUGUUGCCCCAGAAAGCUGAGGCGAAAGUACCAACCUCAGCUCCGCUUCAAGCAAUCCCAGUAUCCAGUGUCGACGAUGAUGUACUCAUCUGUGUCUCAGCACGAGAUGUGUCGCUUGUGA